AUGGAUCCAAAAACGUUGUUUUGUUUACCAGAAGGAGAUGCCUUGUUUAAUCCACUCAACACCAUGUUUAUUCAAAUGGCGUGCAUUCUCGUCUUCUCUCAGUUCUUCUAUCUCUUCCUUAAACCCUGUGGCCAAGCCGGUCCCGUUGCUCAGAUUCUCGCAGGGAUCGUGUUGAGUUUGCUCACAAUAAUCGAAAAAGUUCACGACUUCUUUCUACAAAAGGAGUCAGCAAGCUACUACAUCUUCUUCUCAUUCCUUUUACGUACAUGUUUCAUGUUCUUGAUCGGUCUCGAGCUCGAUCUUGACUUCGUAAAACGAAACUUGAAGAACUCCAUUCUCAUAACCUUCGGCUCCUUACUCUCUUGUGGCAUAAUCUGGAUCCCUUUCCUCUGGUUCCUCGUCCACUUCCUUCACAUCAAACAAGACUUCUUAACGUUUUACCUAGCCUUCCUCGUUACCUUAUCCAACACGGCAUCUCCUGUAGUCAUCCGCUCGAUCAUCGAUUGGAAACUCCACACGUCUGAGAUCGGACGGUUAGCAAUCUCCUGCGGAUUAUUCAUCGAGAUAACCAACAUUUUCCUCUACACCUUCGUCAUCUCUUACAUAUCAGGGACGAUGAGUGGCGAUAUCUUCGGCUACAUAUUCGCCACAGGGGUUAUCAUAAUGAUCAAUAGAUUUUUAGCUGCAUGGCUCCCGAAACGAAACCCUAAAGAGAAGUACCUCUCCAAAGCUGAAACGCUUGCCUUCUUUAUCCUUAUUUUGAUACUCGCGUCGACCAUCGAGUCCAGCAACAUAAACUCCACGGUGUUCGUGUUUUUCAUCGGGUUGUUGUUUCCGAGAGAAGGCAAAACGUACAGAACGUUGAUCAACCGGCUGAGUUACCCGAUUCACGAGUUUGUUCUUCCGGUUUACUUCGGUUACAUCGGGUUUAGGUUCAGCGUCAGCUCGUUAACCAGACGCCAUUACCUCGUUCUUGGUAUGACAGUGGCUUUAAGCAUCGUAGGGAAGCUUCUUGGAGUUUUAUUUGCUUGUUCUUUUCUUAAGAUCCCAAAGAAGUAUUGGCUUUUCUUGUCUACUGUUCUUUCAGUCAAAGGUCAUAUGGGUCUGGUUCUCCUCGACUCUAACUUGGUUUACAAGAAAUGGUUUACUCCUAUUAUACAUGAUAUGUUCGUUGCGUCAUUGGUGAUCACGACUUUGUUAAGCGGAGUACUAUCGUCAUUAUUACUUUGGUCGCAAGAAAAGGGUUUCUCACACCAAAAAACAUCGCUUGAGUACCACGACACCAAAGACGAGCUACGAGUGUUGACUUGCGUCUACGGUGUGCGUCAAGCCCGUGGACUAAUCUCCUUAGUCUCUGCUCUACAUGGAGCUUCUUCUUCACUCUUCACACCUUAUCUCAUGCACCUGAUACCGCUCCCGAAGAAGCGGAAAACUGAGCUACUGUACCACGAACUAGACGAAGAUGGAGUGAACGCCAUCGGCGGAGACGAUGAGUUUGGGACCAACGAAGGACUAGAGAUCAAUGACUCGAUAGAUUCUUUCACUAGAGACAGAAAGAUCAUGAUCCGGCAAGUGAAACUCGUGGCGCACAUGGAGAACAUGCACGAAGAGAUCUGCGACGGUACUGAAGAUCUCCGCGUUUCGAUAGUGUUUCUUCCCUUCCAUAAACACCAGAGGAUCGAUGGGAAAACUACAAAUGAUGGGGAAGCGUUUAGGGAUAUGAACAGCAAGGUUUUAAAGCACGCACAGUGUUCGGUCGGUAUAUUUGUGGAUAGAAACAUAACCGGGUUUCACCAGCUUCACGGGUUUGAUUCGGUGCAACACGUUGCUGCAUUGUUCUUUGGUGGUCCUGAUGAUCGUGAGGCUCUUUCCUUGUGCCAUUGGCUUUCUAGUAACUCUCAGAUUCAUCUCACUAUCAUACAGUUUGUCCCGGAUGGCUCAAAGGGAGAGAAACUUGUUGGAGACGCGGCGACUAAAGAAAACAACGAUGUUUUACUGGAGAUUGUUGGUGAAGAUCACACCAAAGAUGAAAUUGAUCGAAGGUUCUUAGAAGAAUUUUAUAACAGAUUUGUAACGACGGGCCAAGUUGGAUUCAUAGAGAAGCGAGUAAGCAACGGGACACAAACACUAACGAUUCUGAGAGACAUAGGAGAUAUGUAUUCACUGUUUGUGGUAGGAAAAAACAGAGGCGAUAGCCCAAUGACGUCGGGGAUGAACGAUUGGGAAGAGUGUCCGGAGCUAGGAACGGUCGGAGAUUUCUUGGCUUCAUCAAAUAUGGAUGUAAAUGCUUCUGUAUUAGUAGUUCAAAGACAUAGACACUCUUUUGAUAGCUUUGUGGAUAUUUAG